AUGUCUCGCGUCAUUGUCGUCGGUGGUGGUCUCUCCGGUCUUAGUGCCGCUCACACUCUUUACGAGCGAGGUGCCAACGUCCUCGUUCUCGACAAGAACCCUUUCUUCGGUGGAAACUCCACCAAGGCUACCUCCGGUAUCAACGGUGCCGGAACGACGACACAGUCCGAGCAGGGCAUUCCUGACUCUGCCAAGACCUUCUUCGAAGAUACAAAGAAGUCCGCCCGUGACCUUGCACGAGAUGACUUGAUCAAGGUCUUGACCGGCAAGUCUGGUGAAGCUGUCAAUUGGCUUAUGGACCGUUUUGCUCUUGACCUUUCCAAGGUUUCCCGUCUUGGCGGUCACUCGCAGCCUCGUACUCACCGUGGUGGCGCUCAGUUCCCUGGUAUGACCAUCACCUAUGCACAGAUGGAGAAGCUCGAGGAUCUUGCCGAGGCUGAGCCUGAUCGUGUUCAGAUUCUCCGCAAGGCUCGUGUUACCAAGCUCCUUCACCAGAACGGUGAGGUCACUGGUGUCGAGUACGAGUACCAGGGCCAGACUCACAAAGAGAAUGGUCCUGUGAUUCUUGCCACUGGCGGUUACGCUGCUGAUUUCGACGAUGUUAACUCGCUUCUCAAAAAGUAUCGCCCCGAUCUUGUUCACUUGCCCACCACCAACGGUGAUCACUGCACUGGUGACGGUCAGAAGAUGGUUGCUUCCAUCGGCGGCCGUCUUAUUGACCUCGAGAAAGUUCAGGUUCACCCUACCGGUCUCGUUGACCCUAAGGACCCAGAUGCCAAGGUCAAGUUCCUUGCCGCCGAGGCUCUUCGUGGUUGCGGUGGUCUGCUCAUUGACAACGAGGGCAACCGUUUCGCCGAUGAGCUCGGUCACCGUGACUACGUGACUGGUCGUAUGUGGGACAACAACAAGUUCCCCGUCCGUCUCAUCCUCAACGAACAGGCUUCCAAGGAGAUCGAGUGGCACUGCAAGCACUAUGCCGGUCGUGGUCUCAUGAAGCGAUUCGACAGCGCUCACGACCUCGCCAAGGAGAUGGCUAUCCCCACCGACAAGCUGCAGAGCACUUUCCAGGACUACGAGGCCAUUGCCAAGGGCGAGAAAAAGUGUCCUUGGGGUAAGAAGUUCUUCUCCAACUCGGACCUUCGAAUGGACCAGGCGUUUUACGUUGCUCUUAUGACCCCUGUCCUUCACUACACCAUGGGUGGUCUUGAGAUCGACCCCGAAUCUCGCGUCGUUGACAACCAGGGCAAGUCCAUCCCUGGUCUUUUCGCCUGCGGUGAGAUUGCUGGCGGUGUUCACGGUGCCAACCGUCUUGGUGGUUCGUCUUUGCUCGGAUGUGUCGUUUUCGGUCGUGUUGCUGGUGAUUCUGCUUCCAGCUACUUGCUCCGUAACCUCGCUACUGGCAAAGCUACCGCUCGUCUCGGUCAGAUCUCGAACCAUCUCGAGACACGUGUUCGUGCGGAUGCCAACACUAAGACCAUCACUCUUGAGUUUGGUUUCGCUGAUGGCGCUUCUUCGGCUGGCGGUGCUCAGCAGCAGAACUCGGCUAUGCCCCAGGCAGUCGCCCAGGGACAGCCGGCUCAGACCGACAAAGCUGCCCAGCAGUCCGGUAACGCAGCUACUGCCCAGCAGACGAUCGAGGAGAAGGAGUACACCAUGGAGGAAGUUGCCAAGCACACUGCUGAGCAUGACGUCUGGGUUGUGGUUGAGGGUCAGGUUCUCAACGUUUCCGGUUUCUUGGAUGACCACCCUGGUGGAAAGAAGGCUUUGAUGCUCUACGCUGGUCGUGAUGCUACCGAGGAGUUCCUCAUGCUUCACGACCGAAAGGUGAUUCAGAAGUACGCUGCUGAUACCGUUAUUGGCCGUGUUAAGGCUUGA